AUGCCCGCUAAUGUCGAGGCAUGGACCUUGUUGUCCUUGGCUCUUAUAACAAUCUUAGUGCGUGUCGGAGUACGAUGGAAGCUCGUUGGGCCGUCUAAUUUCCAACUUGAUGAUUAUCUCAUGCCAUUGGCGGGAAUCCUCUUCAUACUUGAAACAGUAGCGGCGUACCUCGUCGGUGCCAAAUUCCAGGGCAUGACUAAUAGCUACAUGACGUCUGAGCAGCGAGCAAAUCUCGACCCUCAUUCGACUGAGUGGUCCAACCGUGUUGCUGGAUCCAAAAUCCAGGUCAUUGGAUGGUCAUUAUACGUGGCUAUUCUCUGGUUGGUCAAAUUUAGCUUGGCAGUCUUCUACUCUCGAUUGACGUGCGCUUCACAUAUAACCUUGGAUAUAAAUAACCAAUGCGCUAAGCAUAUCACAGGACUGGCCUCCAACACCUCCCCCACCCGAGUUCGGCUGGGAUAUAUCAUUCUAGGUGUGACAUACGUCGCAACAGCAUUGUCCAUCUUGCUGUCAUGCCAGCCUUUCCAUGCGUUUUGGCAAAUUUACCCUGACCCCGGCAAUCUCUGUCAGCCAACCAAUUCCCGUGUUUAUGUUUUCGUUGUCGUGGUACUCAACAUUGUCACUGACAUCUAUCUUCUCUUAAUCCCGCUCCCCCUUCUCUGGACUGUCAACCUCAACCUGAAACGAAAGAUACCUCUUAUGGCUCUAUUUUCUGGCGCUACAUUUGUCAUGAUAGCGGGAAUUAUUCGGGCCGCUACGAUUAUGAAGUCCAGCCCUGAUGGCGCCUUGUCUGGCUCGAAAUGGGCCUGUCGUGAGACAUUUGUCUCAAUCGUUGUCUCCAACCUGCCCAUCAUUCAACCACUUAUCCGCAAAGGCUUCAGGAAGAUCGGUCUCUCCCACGUCUUCAGUUCCUCGGAGAAAAAAUCAGGACAGCCAUACCAGCUCUCCAGCCGAGGUUUAAAGACCUUGACAAACCACGGCGAAGGCGAUACUAAGAAGAGUAAGACGAGCGCUGCUGCGCCGACGCAUAUGCAGAGUUCCGCAUGGGGCAGCGAUGAGCAUAUUCUCGCUCAGUCCGAGCCUUCCUCCAAGGAUAUCACUGUUGUCUCGGAGACUGUCGUGCAGAGUGAGCCAUGGGCCUUCCAGGAAGGGUCCGGCGUGGGUAGUUCGACAACGCCCCCGAAGGAGUGGAAGAGUCAGGUGUCGCAUCGAUGA